AUGGCUUCCGAAUCCAGGCUCUACAACAUCUCCGGCGAGACCAAAGAGCACUUGCGCAAGUUCCGCUUGACGACGUCCCGGGCGAGCAAGCCUCAAGCAGUUAUAUACCUGAUUGAUAAAACCACCCACGAAAUCCACCAGGAUGCAGACAAGGUUACAUACACAUCCCUCGACGAGAUCGCCGACGACCUCCCCGACCACGCCCCUCGAUUCAUCCUCCUCAGCUAUCCCUUGACAAUGCCCGACGGACGGUUAUCCGUGCCUUAUGUUCUGCUGUACUAUCUCCCCAUCACAUGCAAUGCCGAGACGAGGAUGCUCUACGCCGGCGCCAAGGAGCUGAUACGCAACACGGCCGAGGUGAACAAGGUGAUUGAUAUAGAAUCGACAGAGGAUUUGGAGGAAGUUCCAACGCAGCUAACCACGUAG